AUGACUACAGUAUCUACUUAUGUCCAAGCCAGUCGCCUGGAAGAACCGCUCUUCCAUCGCCAUUUGUCUGCGGGAAAAGCACCAGGGCCUACCGUCACCCCCCGAUUCGACGUCGCAUCAGCCACCAAACAGCAAAAGAAGACAAGACAGAGCGCCCUGUUAUUGAAGGGUGUAGGGGAGCAAUAUACCCUUGUGGCAGAUCAUGACAUCCCUAUAGUUGCCCACAAAGAUGAGAUCUUAGUCAAGAUCAUCGCCAUUGGGUUGAAUCCCAUCGAUUGGAAAGGGCCUGCAUACAACUUCGGAAUCCCAGCCCUCCCAUGGAUCAACGGCCGUGACCUAGCUGGCGAGGUCAUCCAGGUGUCCGACGGCUGUUCCCGUCUUCGAGUCGGUGAUAUCGUUCUGGUUCCGUCCACGGAUUAUCGGGAUAUUCGCAAGGCUGCCUUUCAGGAAUAUGCCGUAGCAACGCAUUUCAACGCUGCUCGAAUUCCGCCGACGGGUAAUGUACAUGCCUCUGCGUCCUUGGGGGUAGCGUUUAUUGCAGCUGCUCUGGCACUGGGGGUCUCAUUUGGGUUAGAAUUUGGUCGCAUUCAAAGAUGUCCUGGACCAAAUCUUCCUAAAGUCAUGUUGCAGAUCGACCGCAAUGAACUGCCGCGAGAUAUCAGGGACGAGUGCUUUCAAUCAUCGAAAGCGGAACGAAUAGCGCCAGGAAAUUGGCUUGCAAUCUGGGGAGCAUCCACGACGACGGGAUAUAUCACUCUACAGCUUGCCAAACUAGCGGGUUUGAGAGUCAUUUGCGUGGCUGAUGUAGCUCGACAUGGGGCCAGACUUGUCGAUGCGGGAGCAGACCUACUCGUCGAUCGCCACGAUACCGCAAGGGCUGUAGAGAUCAUCCGCGGCGUAACGAGGGGAAAGCUGCGAUAUGCUAUUGAUAUCGUGGGAAGAGAUACAGCAACUCUGCUGCAGCAGACACUUGAUGCUUCCGUGCACGAUGAUGGCUCGCAUGCGCAUCUGCUGGGGCUGACUGGGCUGCCCAAAGAGAGGGACAGCAGGAUCAUCUACCAUACCGUUCCAAUUAAAUUGUUCCAUAGCUCUCCUGCAGUGGGUGAGACUAUGGUGACUUGGCUUGAGGAGCUGCUACAAACAGAGACGAUUCGAUUGCCAGAGAUUAUACUGGCAGACGGUGGGCUGGAGGGUAUCAACGCCUCGUUGGAGCUCUUGAGACAGGGCAAGGCGUCAGGCAAGAGAAUUGUCAUGAAUCUAGGACGGUAG